GUAGUGAACAUAGUAACAAGUAACCAAGAAUGUGUUAAUAACAUUGCUGAGGCAAUGGUUCUUGCUAACUUACUGGCACUGCUGCAUUCCUUACCUUCAAGUCGGCAACUCGUCCUUGAAACUUUGUAUGCUUUGACAUCUAGCACAAAAAUAAUUAAAGAGGCCAUGGCAAAAGGUGCUUUAAUCUACUUACUAGACAUGUUUUGCAACUCAACUCAUCCUCAGGUCCGAGCCCAAACAGCAGAGCUCUUUGCCAAAAUGACGGCAGAUAAGCUGGUGGGUCCAAAGGUUAGAAUUACACUAAUGAAAUUUUUACCUGGAGUCUUCAUGGAUGCCAUGAGGGACAACCCUGAAGCUGCUGUUCAUAUCUUUGAGGGAACUCAUGAAAAUCCUGAGUUAAUUUGGAAUGACAACUCCAGGGAGAGAGUAUCAACAACAGUUCGAGAAAUGAUGCUUGAGCACUUUAAACUUCAGAGGGACAAUCCUGACACUAACUGGAAGCUGCCUGAAGACUUUGCUGUGGUGUAUGGUGAGGCAGAAGGUGAACUUUCAGUCGGGGGAGUCUUCCUAAGGAUUUUUAUUGCCCAGCCGGCCUGGGUUUUACGGAAACCAAGAGAAUUUCUCAUUGCACUGUUGGAGAAGUUUACUGAACUACUGGAGAAAAAUAACCCCCAUGGGGAAACUUUAGAAACCAUUACCACAGCAACUGUGUGCCUGUUCAGCGCCCAGCCUCAGCUAGCUGAUCAAGUUCCUCCCCUUGGCCAUCUUCACAAGAUAAUCCAAGCUAUGAAUCACAAGAACAACGCCAUUCCUAAAAGUGCCAUUCGUGUCAUGCACAUAUUGUCUGACAAUGAGCUUUGUGUUCGAGCGAUGGCAUCGCUAGAGACUGUUAGCCCUCUAAUGAAUGGAAUGAAGAAGAGAUCGGAUAUAAUUGGUAUAGCCUGUGAAGCACUUAAUCGAAUGUUUCAGAAGGAACAAAAUGACUUAGUUGCCCAAGCUUUGAAAGCAGAUUUGGUCCCUUACCUUUUAAAGCUGCUUGAAGGUAUUGGUCUUGAGAACCUGGAAAGCCCAUCUGCAACAAAAGCUCAGAUUGUUAAAACUCUGAAAUCCAUGUCCCGCAGCCUGCAGUAUGGAGAACAGGUAAGUACUGACAAGUCCUUCACUGGGCUUUGUACACUUGGGAGAUCAAACUGUGAACAUCCCUUGUUUAAUCUUAUGGCCAUCAUGCAUCAUUCCACCUCAAACAUUAACAUCAUGUAA